CUAGGCGGAGUAACGUUUUUUUUCAAAGACAAAACACACAAAGAAGAGACGUCUUCUUCUUCGUCGACUGUUUAUUUACAUCGCCACUCCGGCUCCUCAUAGCCUAUUUCUGGCGGACAAAUCUGCCAGUCAGUGACGGGUUAUACAAGUGGUCAUACUUUCGGAUCUCUUCUGCCAAGUGCUCAUCUAUUUGGUCCAUAUUCGUUCUUCUAAAUCUUCCGUGAUUUCUGCGUGUAGUGGGGCAUGAAACCGGAAACUAGACUCCGGACGGGAUGUAGUAAGCAGACCAAUCACAAGCGGGCUGCGUGAGGCUCGCGUCGCUUUGUCGUGUAGUUAGAAAAAUUGUCGGACGCAUGCAAGCCACCAGAAAGGGGCGUGUUGCGUGUCUUGCGUGCGUGCAACCCGACUAUAGUUUGGCCUUUAGUGUGUGUGAAUAUCCCUCACCUCCUCCUCCUCUUCUUCCUCCUCCUCCUCCUCCUCCUCCUCCUCCUGUGUCUCAGGUGGUGGACUCCCUGGACGUGUCCACUCACGGCACCAGAGUGGGUCUGGUCCAGUACUCCAGCCGGGUCAGGACAGAGUUUCCUCUCAACAUGUACCACUCUGCUGAGGAGAUCAAAGCUGCAGUGAUGAAGGUUGAGUACAUGGAGAAAGGGACGAUGACGGGUCUGGCCCUGAAGCACAUGCUGGAGAACAGUUUCUCCGAGGCCGAGGGCGCUCGUCCCGCCAGCCGCAACAUCCCCCGCAUCGGACUGGUCUUCACAGACGGACGCUCCCAGGACGACAUCACCGAGUUCGCCAAGAUGCCCAAAGAAGCUGGCAUCACCAUGUACGCUGUGGGCGUGGGGAAAGCUGUGGAGGAGGAGCUUCGUGAGAUCGCGUCCGAACCCGUGGAGAAACAUUUCUAUUACACCAGCGACUUCACGGCCAUCAGCACCAUCGCUGAGAACCUCAAGCUGAACGUCUGUCCAGUAUUGAACUUUUCAGUUGGUCCCAGGAACAUUCAGGCUAAAUCAUGAUUUACUCCUGAAACACAAGUUUAAACUGCAGCAGUGUUUCCUGAUCAGUGACCAAUCACUGCAGCACGGAGACAGAUGUGGUGAAGUGAAGGUCAAACAGUUGAAGUGACUCACGAUGGCAUCAUGAAGUGAAACUAGAAGCGGUGACCACACGGUGACAUGUGCGUCC